GCCAAGGGAGAAACAGUUUGUUUUGAUGCUUGCAUAAUAACAACCGGCAGGCACAAUGGGAGACACAUCGGGUCAUCAGGAUGACAUUUUUUAGUUUAAAUUAAAUGUGUUUUUCGGUUUUUUGUCGUUUUUCUCAAUGUUCAAAAUAAUCGCAAAAAUUUGUUUAAACGAAGAGAAGCCAUUGCUGUUUACGGUCUCAAACGUACAAUCGAUAUAAAAGUUUCUCAUUCGGCAAUAGUUUGCCUUGAGUUUUCUUCCCAGGCUAUUCAAAGUAGCUUCCAGCACUAUGUAUUUUGUAGCUGUUUUACAUGAAUUUCCAAAAUUUAAAAGAUUUCCACUUCAGGGAUAUUGGCAGAAUGUUGUAAUGCUUUCGAACACGCCUAAACCAGCACAGGAUGGUUUAAUUGCAAUAGCAAAUGAAGCUAAGAUAGAAGAACCAAGCUUGCCUUCCGAGCAGCUCUGCUUCCUACCGGAUGCAGAUAUGCAACGCACGUUGGUGGAAACGGAAAGCUCACUAAAAACGGAGCAACCCCCACAGUUCGUUACAAUUGACACAGCACUUUUCCACUCGAACCAAUCGCGAUGUAGCAGCAGUCAAGAGCUGGAAGGAUCCGCUUCUGAUGAUAGCGACGUCACCCUUAACGACAUAGAUUCCUAUGAAUUUUUCGAAAACGAUCGAAUUUCGCUUUGUUCCUAUAGUGGCCUACCUACUAAGCAGCUCAGGCGAAGACUAUUACCACCGGUAAAAAAGCGGAAGUACGACUAUGUUCAGUCCAAGGUAAAACAGUACGUUAAAUCGAAAGCCGCACACUAAACAAGCGAUAUGGGGAUAGCAGCAA